AUGCGACAUCAGUACAGUACUGCGUAUUUUACUGUUCUUCUAAUAGCUUCCACUACGCAUGCGUGGCAAGAAUGGAAAGGUAUAUGUCCAGAGAACUGUCUGUGUGUGACGGCACCAGACGAGGCGUUGUUUGCAAACUGCAAGAGCCAGGGACUGAAAACGGUGCCACGGCACUUUCCCGCAGAAGCAGACACAAUUGACUUGUCGUACAACGAGAUAGAAGAGAUAUCCAAAGACACAUUUAAUACAAAUCUACCAAAGUUAUACAGUUUAAAUCUCGGAUUCAAUCGAAUCUCUCAUAUUGAUGAUGAUGCUUUCGAAAGCCUUGGUAGCCUCGGUGAGUUGAUUAUGCAAGGGAACUUCAUACGUCGCCUCUCGCCUCGGAUCUUCACAGGAUUGAACUACUUACAAACAUUGUUUAUUGGAUUCUGUCCAAACUUAGAGAGUCUAGAAAACGGAGUGUUUUCACAUCUACCCAACCUAGUAGUUCUUUUUGCAAGUAACAGUUCUAUAAAGGAAAUUGGAGAUAGCAGUCUUAGUGGCACGACUCUGCAAUUUAUAAACUUGGCAUUCAACCAUCUUCAACGCAUGCCGAACAUUACAGGGUUAGAAAACGUCCAUCUUUAUUUAGAGGGUAAUCGUAUCGAAACUGUAAAUCCCGCGUAUAUGCACGAAAUAUCAACCAUAGGGUCAAUUGAAUUGAAUAGAAACCAACUUAGGACCAUUCCCCUAAACGUUAUUCAAGUUCUCAAGUUUUACGAAGUCUCGAAUCCAGUCUCGUUCUGGCUUAACGUACAAGACAAUCCGUGGGUAUGUGACUGUGACAUGAAGAGGGUUGUGGACGUGUGGCCCACAAUGCCAAUGUUUCUAGACAAUACAAUCACGUGUGCGUUCCCAACUAAAUUAAGGGGUAUGAAUCUGUGGGACGUUCCACCUCAGGAACUGUGCAGGACUUUUAUCAAGGACUCUGAGCAAGUUGAAAUAUUCGAAUACGAAGCCCCAACUGAGGAGGUUUAUGAAGCCGGCUCUGCUGAUGGCCCAGAUGAUGUCAACUUGACAUUCAUAAUUGUGGCAUCAAUAAGUAGCGCUGUUGGUACAGUACUUUUGACAUUGGCCGUCAUAGGCGCUGUUGUUUGGUGUCGGCGAAAAAAAUAA